UUCAGUUUACAACAAUUUAAAUUUCAAAGAUUGUAUUGCCUUCAACGGUUUGUGAUGAAUGUUUGACUGUGAAUUAAUUGACUUUGCUAUGGUUUUUAAUAAGAGAGAUUUAACGAAGGCAUUUUCACCAAAUAAAGUUAAAAAAUUCGCGAAAACACGAGCUUGUGCGAAUGGAACGAAUCCGAGUACGAGUGGAAGCACAGUUUCAUCCGUGCAAACAGAAACUGGUUCGCAAACGAGUAUUAAGGUAAUAGUAAGGAUUCGGCCACAAAAUCAACGCGAGAUCCAGGGCAAUUGCAAAGCUGCUGUAAAAACUGUCGAUGAUAAAAUGCUAAUUUUCGAUCCAAAAGAAGAGGAUAAUCCCUUUUUUUAUCAUGGCGUUGCUCAGAAAGGUCGAGACUUGCUUAAGAAACAAAAUAAGGAGCUACAGUUCAUCUUUGACAAGGUCUUCGAUAUGACGUCCAGUAACAGUGACCUGUUCGAAGGUAGCACCAAAGAUUUGAUCACCAACCUUUUGGAUGGUUACAAUUGUUCUGUAUUCGCGUACGGUGCAACCGGUGCUGGAAAGACUCAUACGAUGCUUGGCAGUACCGAAGAUCCCGGUAUUACGUAUCGGACAGUUGCUGAAUUAUUCUUACAAAUAGAGAAGCAAGGGGAACAUCGUGAAUUUAAUUUGGGUGUAACGUACUUGGAAGUUUAUAAUGAAAAUGUACAAGAUCUUCUCCAUAAAUCUGGACCUUUACAUUUGAGGGACGACGGCAGAUGCGGAGUAAUCGUGGCUGGUCUUAAAAUAAUAACUAUCAACAGCGCCGAAGAAUUGUUGACACUUUUAGCAAAGGGUAAUAGAAAUCGUACACAGCAUCCCACCGAUGCAAACGAGGAAAGUAGCAGAAGUCACGCUGUCUUUCAGGUUUAUAUUAACAUUACGAACAAAUUAGAUGGACAAAUGCGACAAGUAAAAUUAUCUAUGAUCGAUUUAGCAGGAUCCGAAAGAGCAUCCGCCACGGGGUGUAAAGGUGCAAGAUUCAAAGAAGGUGCAAAUAUUAACAAGUCUUUACUGGCUCUUGGAAAUUGUAUCAAUAAUUUGGCCGACGGUGCAAAACAUAUAACGUAUAGAGAUUCCAAAUUGACGCGACUAUUGAAAGAUUCGUUAGGUGGAAAUUGUCGAACGGUUAUGAUUGCAAAUAUAGCGCCUACUAGUUUAAGUUACGAAGAUACCUACAACACCUUAAGAUAUGCGAACAGAGCAAAGAAAAUUAAGUCCAAUAUAAAGAAAAACAUUAUGUCUUGCGAAAUGCAUGUAACAGCAUAUAUAAAAAUGGUGGAAGAACAAAAGAAGGAGAUAAACUACCUGAAACAAAAGUUAUCGGCAGUGGAAAAUGGGUCACCACGUAUAUUAUCGUCUAUUGGAAGUAUUAAGAUCGAUGACGAGAAAAACAAAUACAGGUCAACAGUUAAGAACGCAUUGAUCGAUCUACUGCAAAAAAAGAAGGUUCUGAAUGAAAAGAUUCUCUCUUUGGAAAGCGCUUACAAAAUAUUGUGCUUUAGAAUUCAAUACAAAAAAGCAGCAGACGAAAGAUUACACAAUUUGACAACAGCUGUAAACGUCUUAACUUCCGAAGAACAAAACGCUAGCGGUAAAUCGCGUAUUAAUAAAUCUAUGCAUUACUUUGAACGACAACGAGAUUCUUUGAAAGUACAAAUGGAGGCAGUAUGGGAAGAAUUGUGUUCGAUAGAAACAGAAUUACAGAAACUGAGCGCAGAAAUAAAGUCGAAGAAACUUGAAAACCUAGAUGAUUUAAUCGCGUUAAGAUCAUCCGAAAUAGAACAGACUAGAUUGCAGCAGCAGUAUGAACACGCAAAGAAAGUGAGCAAUCUUCAGCAAUGCGAAAUGCAGUCGCAUUAUUCGAUUAUUAAAGUGAUGAGCGCAACUCUGCAAAAUUAUUAUAACAUGAUGAGCGGCUACGGGACAAUGACGGACACAAUGAAAGAAGAAUUUAAACAAUUAAUUAAAUUAUUGGAAGGAGUAAGAAACAUUAAAUGGUCGGACAUGGAAACGAUCAACGACCAAGAACACUUCUACAAUUUGACCUGUUUAAGCGUAUCCCAUUUGAUAGAACCGCUCAAGAGCAACGUACCGUUAUAUUCAUUGUGUUCUUCGGCUAACGAGAAUCAAAAUAAUUGUAACAAUGAUGGUUUAAAUGCAACAUUUAACGCAUCGGAGAAUAUUCCCGAAACGCAUAAUUCAACUAUUACAUUGUUAGGAGAUUCAAACAUGAAUAUCGACAAAGGUACAGAAUACGGGGAAAAUAAUGAAGAACGUAACGAUGUAAUUUGUAUGCCUCAAAAGACCAAAAAGCGAGUUCUGUCCGACAAGAAUUGCAUAAAUUUGGCGAAAACGCCUAUAAAACAACCAAGAAAGAUAUCCCCGACGUACAAGAUUUCGCUGGUUAGGACGGGAAUGAAGGCAAAGGAAAAUAUUCAUGUCCAAAAGCCACAUAUAGGAAUGAGUGCAAAAAGUAUCGAGAUAUUGAAUAAAUUAAAAGUAGAUAAAGUUAAAAAGAAUAACGUUGAUAUGAAUACGACAGAUGGAGUACUAAAACUGGUAAGAGAGAAAGAAAGGCGUGGAUUGAUGACCACGCAUCCGUAUCAAAAGUCAAAUGUAAAAAAGAAAAUUGUUCCAACCCCGUCUUCGUCUGGAGUACCAUAGUAGCGUAAUAAAAAUAAAAUAUUUAGAUAUAAGUUUAUUUAUAUAUAUAUGCGAAUAAAAUGUGCAGAGAACUGAUUAAAUAUUAUAUUUACAAUUA